UAAAGAAAAAAACAUGCCUUCUAGUCACGCGAGACUUCAGGGAGAAUACUGAGCGCGAAUUCUGCCCGGCGGUCCUCACUGUGAUCAGCUGUGUUGUGUUCGGCUGCUGUAAACUAGGUGGGCUAGGAUGUCUAAGAGGAAAAGCAGCUCAGUUAGUGAAAACGCCAGCAAACGGGCCAAACCUGUGCAAGAGGAAGAAGAGGAGGAUGAAAACGUUGCUGAUGGUGACGAGGAUGAUCCUCUACUGAGUGCACAGGUGCACUGUGCCCGUGAGGUGGUGAGUGAUGCAGGGAUUGUGGAGAGCAUCACAUUGAAGAACUUCAUGUGCCAUUCACUCCUAGGCCCAUUCACAUUUGGUUCCAACGUCAACUUUGUUGUUGGCAACAAUGGAAGUGGAAAGAGCGCUGUCCUGACUGCCCUCAUAGUUGCUUUAGGUGGGAAUGCACAGGCCACAAACAGAGGAUCAUCCCUCAAGGGUUUUGUGAAAGAAGGAGAAAGCUCAGCCGAUGUAUCGAUUACCCUGCGUAACAUAGGAAGGGACGCAUACAAACCUGAGGUGUAUGGUCCAGCCAUCAUUGUUGACCUGAGAAUAACACGUGACGGGUUGAGAACCUAUAAACUGAGGAACAAGUCAGGACAACUUGUCUCAACUAAAAAGGAGGAGCUCAUGUCCAUUCUGGACAAUUUUAAUAUUCAGGUCAACAAUCCUGUGUCAGUUCUCACUCAGGAAAUGAGCAAAUACUUCCUACACUCUAAAGGAGAGGGGGACAAGUACAAGUUUUUUAUGAAAGCCACACAACUGGAGCAGAUGAGAGAGGACUUUGUCUACAUCAAAACCACUAAGCAUGUCACAGAGGAUAAAGUGGGGCAAAAUACUGAAUGCUUGAAAGACUUGAAGCGGAAGUAUCUGGAGAAAGAAGAUCGUUACAAGAGCCUGGCAUCGCUUGAUGAAAUGCACACCAAACUGGAAGAGUUGCAGAAGCAGAUGGCUUGGGCUUUGGUGGCAGAGAUGGAGAAGGAGCUGGAGCCGAUGAAGGAGAAGCUGCGGGCAGACAGACACUCAACGCAGAAAUACGAUGAGAAGGUGGAGGAAUGGAAGAACAAGGUCGACGAGGCUGAGAAGAAAUACAAGCAGAUCCAGGAACAGUUGGAGGGGAUCACCCAGCAAGUCCAGGAGCUGCAGCCCAAAUGUGCUGAGCUCAAGGCUGAAGCCCAGAAACGUAAUAGUCUUCUCAAAUCCAGCGAGGUCACUGUCCAUCGAUGCAAAGCGAACCUGAGGGACUUGGAAAAGGACAAGGUUCAGUUGUCCUCAAGGAUAAAUGACCUCAAGCUGAGCAUCAGUCAGACGACGGGAGCGGAGAGUCAGGCCAGGACACAGCGUAUGGAGCAGAUACAGGCCGAGCUGGAGAAGCUGAAACAUCACAUUUCCACUCUGGGCCAGCAGAUCGACCAGUAUCAGCACGCUUGCAGCCGUGCCAAGGAAGAACAAGGAAAGAUGAGGAGAGAACAUGGAGUGGUUCAGAGGUCCAUCGAAGCCAACAGGAGGAACUUGCAGACUAUGGAGAGCAGCCGCUCUAAUCGGCUGCGGCGUUUUGGAGAUCACAUGCCCGCGCUGCUCACUGCCAUUGAUGAUGCUCACAGAAGGGGCCAGUUUAAGCACAAACCCAGAGGACCUCUGGGUUACCUUAUUAGCCUGAAGGACCCAGAGCUGGCCCUGGCUAUAGAGGUUUGUCUUAAAGGCCAGCUGCUUGCCUUCACCUGUGAUAACCACGAGGAUGAGAGGGUGCUACAGGGCCUCAUGACCAAAAUGUUCCCAGGAGGCCGCAGACCUACCAUCAUUACCAGCCAGUUCCUCCCACAAGUCCAUGAUACAAGAAAGAAGGCUGUGAAUCACCCUGAAUACCCCUCUGUGCUUCAAGCUCUAGAGAUUGAGGACCCAGUUGUGGCCAAUUGCCUGAUCGAUCAAAGGGGUAUAGAGAGCAUUCUACUCAUUAAGAAUCGGACAGAGGCCCGGAGAGUGAUGCAGGGCAGAAACCCUCCUCGGAACUGUACCCAGGCCUUUUCUAAGGAGGGAGACCAGAUCUUCAAUAAUCGCAGUUACACUGCUGAGCAGACAAGAGCCAACUACCUCUCAGGAGAUGUUGAAGAGGAGAUCAGGCAUUUGCAGAGGGAGAUGGAGAACCAGGACGCUCAGGCAAAUCGCUUCCAACAACACAUGAGAAGGUUGGAUGAAGACCUCAAACAGAAUGAAGGGCUGCUGAGAAGAGCUCAUAUAGAGCAGAAGACUACCAAAGAUAAAGCCACGAAACUCGAGCUGGAGCUGACAGACCUACAGAAUGUGGAGGAGCCUCAGUCAGAAGACCUCAGGCCCCUGGAGGAGGAUCUUCAGGAGAUCAUUACUAAGAUCUCGUCCAAGCGCGACGAGUAUGAGGAGGCACGGACUCAGAUGACUGACCACAAGGCCUCCUAUGAGAAGGCAGAGCGCGAGUACAAGCAGCACAAAGAGCGGAUCAACACCAUCGCGGAGGAAGCCGACUCAAUCAAGGAGGAGCUGAGUAAGACUGACCAGGAGGCGAUGAAGUGCAAGCAUCACAAGAAACACUAUGACGAGAAGCGCAGCGCCCAUCUCUGCAACAUCCAGACCCUCGAAGCCAACCUGGAAAGCAAGGAGCGGGAACUUCAGACAUCAGUGUCCAAGGCCACAGAGAUCUGUCCAGAGCGCCUGGAAGUGCGUCGAACAGCCAGGAGUCUUGAUAGCGAGAUCAACCGCCUCAAAGUUAAGAUCUCUACCCAGAAGCAACAACAGGGGAACCGCGAGGAGGUUGUGAGGCAGUACCAUGAGGCUCUGGAGAGCUACAAGAACCUAGCACAGCAAAUGAAGAACCUCAAUAGCUUCAUCAAAAGCCUCGACAGUGUUAUGAACCAGAGACUCCAGGUUUAUGCUGAGCUCAGGAGGUUCCUCUCUGCCCGCUGCAAAUACUACUUUGACAGCAUGCUAGCCCAGAGAGGCUAUACUGGAAGUAUGACCUUUGACCACAAGAAUGAAACCCUCUCCAUCACAGUGCAGCCAGGUCAGGGAAACAAGGCCGACUUGAGCGACAUGCGCUCUCUGUCCGGAGGCGAGCGCUCCUUCUCCACUGUUUGCUUUGUGCUCUCUCUUUGGGCCAUCACAGAGGCGCCUUUCCGCUGCCUCGACGAGUUUGAUGUUUACAUGGACAUGGUGAACAGGAGGAUAUCAAUGGACAUGAUGCUGAAGGUGGCUGCUGGUCAACGAUACAGACAGUUCAUUUUCCUCACCCCACAGAGCAUGAGCACCCUUCCUGAGAGCAAAAUCAUCCGCAUCCUGCGACUGAAAGAUCCAGACCGCAGCCAGAACAACGCACAAAGAAAUCAAGACGAAGACCAGUAGUAUCGCUAGCUCACUUUAGAAUCAAAUGAGGUGAUUAGACCAUUAGCACGUGCUGAGACCCUCCCUGACUCUGACACCAGGACAGGCCACAGAGUUGUACACUGAUUCCUGCUUUUAUGGAAUAGUUGUUAAUGUUAAGUCUAGCCACAUGUUGCUCUUGAUCCAUCAAGUUCUUUGUCACAGUAAUAUUAAGAAAAAUGGUUCAAAAUUGUGUUUCAGCGGCAACACAGUAAAUGUUUUGUACAAUAACAUUGAAUUAUACCAAGGGGUUUGUACAGGGAGAAAUAUUUUUUAUAUUCUUUGUCAAAAUAACUUAAAAUGACUUGAAAAUUGUUAGGUUGUUUAUUUAAUGUUAUUCAUUAAACCAAACAAGUGUGUAAACAAA